GGAAUUACUUUCAAAAUCACAUGAUUUUGGUAUAACUCUCCAAAACCCGCUGGGUUUGAGUAAAAUCUCAUUGACAUUGAUGCAAUGGGUAAUAUAAUAACACGAAGAAAUCUGUGUUCUGUAUGAAACAAUAAUGGAGGCUGCGAAUCUGAACAGAGCCAACCGAUGGAAGAAGAGACACACUCAUCGAUUUUCAGUCUUCCCUCAAUCUCUCCUCACCCUCAUCCCCACCCUCCUCGUCCUCUCUCUCAUCUUCUUCCUCUCUUACAAACACUUUGUUUCCGAUUUUCUCCAGAUGUCCAGAAUUUCCCAACCCUUACAAUGCAGUUCGCAAUUAGAAGCUCUGGGAGAUAAAUUCAUCUGGUACGCACCACACAGUGGGUUCAGCAAUCAGUUAUCAGAGUUCAAGAACGCUAUUUUAAUGGCUGCCAUACUGAAUCGAACCCUAGUUAUCCCUCCUGUUCUGGAUCACCAUGCAGUUGCCCUCGGUAGUUGUCCAAAAUUUAGGGUUUUGAGCCCCAAAGACCUGAGGCUUUCGGUUUGGAAUCAUAUAAUUGAGCUCAUUCGGGGACGCAGGUAUAUAUCCAUGGCUGACAUAGUUGAUCUUUCAGAAUUGGUGUCUACUUCAGCAAUUAGGGUCAUAGAUUUUAGAGUUUUUGUAUCUAUGUGGUGUGGCAUGGAGAUAGACUGUGCUUACUCCGAAGACUCAGAAAAAGAAUUGUCUAUGUUUGAGAAUUUAAGACAAUGUGGAUCUCUGCUAUCUGGGAAUAAUGGUAACUGGAAUAAAUGUUUGUAUUCUGUAGAUGAAGAUUGCAGAACAACAGUGUGGACAUACCAAAAGAAUGAAGAUGGGGUAUUGGAUUCAUUCCAACCUGAUGAGCAACUCAAGAACAAGAAAAAUCUAUCAUUUGUUAGGAGACGUCAAGACAUAUAUAAAUCUCUGGGACCUGGUUCUGGAGCUGCAUCAGCCACUGUUCUGGCAUUUGGAAGCCUUUUCACAGCCCCAUAUAAGGGCUCUGAGUCGUACAUUGAUAUCCAUGAUGCACCAAGGGAUCCACACACAGAAUAUUUAUUGAAGAAGAUUGAAUUUCUGCCAUUCGUCCCUGAAAUCAUGAGUGCAGGGAAGGAGUUUGCUCUUGAGACAGUUAAGGCUCCUUUUCUUUGUGCACAGCUUAGACUUUUGGAUGGGCAGUUCAAGAACCACUGGGAGGCUACGUUUCUGAGGUUAAAACAACAGUUAGAAUCUUUGAAACAAACUGGUCUGCAUCCAGUUCAUAUAUUUGUCAUGACUGAUCUUCCUAUAGGUAACUGGACUAGAAGUUACUUGGGAAAUUUAGUAAGAGAUUCAAAUGCUUUUAAGCUUUUUGUUCUGAGAGAAGAAGAUGAAUUGGUGAAAAGAACAGCGAAAAAACUUGUGGCUGCUGGAUAUGGCUUGAAAUUUGGGUUUGUUCCUGAGGGAUUUGAUGGGAUUGGGAAGCACUGCCAUCCUCCGUUAUUACCUGAUAUACUUCUGUAUAUAGAAGAAGCUGUUUGCAGCUGUGCUUCACUUGGUUUUGUAGGGACUGCUGGGUCAACCAUUGCUGAAAGUAUAGAGCUGAUGAGGAAAAAUGCUGUAUGUUUGUUUAAGGUCUGACUUAAUUGUAGUCGUAGGUUUUCAGUGCUACUAAUUCAGAUUCAUUGCAAGUAGACCUAAUCUUGCGCUUUUGGUGAUUAAGUUGAUUGGAUGGAAAUUGGUCACAUUCGUCAUGUGGUGUGAGCUUGAGAAUUUUGCAUUCCUAUUCUUUUGAGGUGGAGGUGAAAGAUGAAGUGGCAAGCAAGUAUUUAAUCGUCAUUUUUUUCUACACGACUCAACAAAUAAAAAACCAGAAGAGACUUGUGAGGAAAUUUUGGUGUAAUUAAGCUGCAGUUUCUGCGAAAAGAUGGAGAAAGUCCAGGAUUUGAAUUUGUCCUUUCAUUGAUUCCACCAAAAUUACAUUGAUUUGCCCUAAAGAUUUCAGUACAGUUGGAAUUGGUUAUUUAUCCUGUACAAGGUUCCCUGCUAAGCAUUCAUGGCUGAAUGGUUAAAUGGCGAAUUUGUAGGUUCAAUUCCUACUGGACAUUCCCUUCCAAAACCAAAUCUUCUGAUGUUGUUUCAUAUUUGAAGUGAGAAGAUGAGAUCAUUUAUAGGCUGGAUGCUGCUCAAACUGAUUUGGGAGGGGAAAUGUUCAUUGAAUGCUUGCUUUCUUUAUAUGGGCAAGCAAUCAAGAUGGAGCAUGUUUGAUUUCUUCCAUUGUGAUGGAGUUGGGUAUAUAGAAUUUAUUUUUAUUGUCCUGUCUAAUGUUGUGUAGAUUUUCAUAUUAGCCUAUUUUGUUGUAAUUUUCUUGAUAGUAAGGGCAUAUAGCAUAACACUGCAAGUUUUGCUAUCCGGAACAUGGAAUGGCUAUGGCAUUCUUCUUGUGGCUUCUUUUCUGGUCAUAGCUGUUGAUUCCAGCGUAAU